CUGCGACUUUACAGAUACGCACUCUUCAGAUUAGACUGCACAAAGUGCAUCACACUGACACAGAUCAUCGGAUGCUGACUCGAAUGUCCUCGCUGCCAUGCCAAGAACCCCGUAUCCGCUGCGGCUGAGCCCAAGCGGGCGUGGAACCUCAUCCGGCAUUGCACUCCCCACGUGCAGAAAGGUUCUUCGGCAUGUCUGGUGUGCAUUGCGAUCGUAGCGCUAUGUCACAAUAUCCCAACAUGCACCCUCUAGGAGCUUAUGUGCCGCCGAGCCAGAACCAGAGCAUCCUACCACCACAAGGCCAUGGUCCACAGCAGCGACAUCAGGGCUACCAGCAGUCGCAGGGUGCCUCGACAUAUCAGGCGUCAACACAAGGAUAUGGUCAGCCAAGUCAGGUACCCAAGGGUAGCGGAGGGGCCUUUGGGCAAAUGAUGAACCAAGCAGUCACUACUAGCAAGCCCAUGUUGAACAAACUCAGCAAAACGAUAAGCUCAAAACUAGGGAACAAGCCGUCUACAACGGCGACACCACAGCACUUGCAAAGCUACCAGAACUAUCAACAGCAUCAGGAUCAGCAGACGCAACCUCAGACACAGCCGCAGAGCCACACCUUCAACCCCCAAGCGCAGCAACAGCAACAACCGCAAGUGCCCAGCGCCUACCCUGUCCAGCAAUCGCCCUUUCAGCAAUCGAACUACAGCAACGGUCCGAGUAAUUACUUCACGUCACCAGUACUGGGAACGCCGCAGACGCCGUACAAUCAACCUGUUUCACCACCGCAACAAACUUCGCAAUUGAGCUACAAUGGCACUCAGUACAGUCAGGGGGUCGCCACAGUUGGAGAGCAACAGAGUCAUGCACGAAACGAUCACCACUACGCGGGGCAGGCCUGUCAGCUCCAGGCUCAUGGACACUUCCAGCAGCAGCCUCUGCAGACACAGCAUAUUGGACAGCAGAUGGGCGUUGUCGGAGGGUCUCAACUGACUCAGCAUACAUCGUACUCGCAAUCACCGCAAGUCCCAAGCGCUUUGCCACAUUCGCCACCUCCGCAGCAAGCGCAAUGGCUGGAUUCUCACACAGGUUCCGAGCAGUCUGUGGCCUCCCCGUAUCAGCAGCAAACGCAGUCAUACUUUCCGGAUGGUGUCCAGAACCAGUCCACUGGCAACAUCGAGCGUUGGUCGCCAGUGACUUCAGCGGGAACAGGACUUCACACCCAGCACAGAGUACCCCCAGCCUCCGUCAGCCCUCCACCACCUCCGCUUCAGAGUAAACCUGCUGCCAUGCCGAGUGUCUCUCCACAUCAGUCCCAGAGCCCGACUCCUGCCCCACAGCCAGCACCCAUUCAGUGCCUGACAGAAUUCAUCGCCGAGUUGCCGGCUGAUUUAGGAAGCCUCAGCAUUACAGAAGCAAAACUGGUCGAACCUCCAGCACCGCCUCCUGGGCAACAUUCACCGUAUCAAGCUUACCAAACACCGCCCAUAGUGACCGGGCCGUCGUCUCCUGGCUUAACGAUUGCACGCCGGGCUGUUAGUCUAAGCAACGCGCCGUACGCAGAUCCGUGGCGAUUUGCCGACCCGCUGACUGAAUUGCCUACACGUGAAUUCUAUGUCAUUGCCGACCUGCUGUUCGAAGCUUUGGACAGGAAGUUUGAGCCCCAGAACACAGGAAUGCUGGAAGCGAGUAAGGUUCUGAAGAGUUGGAUGGACUUGUCCAAAGAUGUCACGCAACUCUUCUCCUACAAUACUUACAGUGCCUUCGCCAGGCUGUGGACCCUACAGGGUAUUCCACACGUCAUGAUACCUUGCCAAUCAUCCCUGACGCCGAUCUGGAACUUCAACCGGCACUCACAUGCGCAAGAGCUCAAGCUCGCCUCCGUGCCAAUACAUUCAGCAGCCUAUGCAACAUACAUACCAGCUUUGAGCCGUGCUGGGUGGUACAAGUUCUUUUUUCUUGAGAUGAUGCAUGGUCCUGACAACGUCAACAAACUGAUGCCCGCGCUCUGUCCUGAGACUUACAGGCCCGGCGUCCUUCACCAUCCCGACCUCACUAAGCGGGACAAGGCAGAAGCGCCAGCUCUUCAGUCGAGAGCCGCUGAAAUUCAGGCUGCGGCCAUUAAUCAGGUCUGCAACGAGACCAAGGCUGCAAUGCAAUCUCGCUGAACCACGGUACUACCUUCAGGUGCUGUCGGAGGCUAUCCAGGUGGCUGGGUUGGUCUCGGCUGUCUCGGCUCUGCGUGACGGCCACCAGGUCUAUCAUCGACAAUCGAAUCAGUAUCGAUGAGUUUCACCAACUUUGACCUCUUGAUUGCGUGCAUAUGCAGUGCUAGCUAGGGAUAAACAAACAACGCUUGCCGAGCCUUAGCGGCAGGCAUAAGUGGCGGGGGCUAGUUCCCGACGCGUAUCCCGUCGAUAAAACCAAACCGCUGCAGACAAGUGAGUUCACCAACAACAACGUGUGGAGGUUUCCU